GACCCGCCGCUCCAGCCCGCCCCCACCCUUCCCAGCAGGGGAGGCGGGAAAAACAGCGAAAGCCUCGCCCACCGCCCUCCCCCAGCCUCGCCACUCCCAGGCUCCUCCGGACUCGACUCAUCCUCCUGGGAUUGUCUCGGAGGGCACACGCCGCGCAGACGCCAUGGAAGUGGUGCUGCUCCUCCUGUGCGGCCUCCUGGCCCCAGCGGUCCUGGCCAGCGCAGCUGAGCAGGAGAAAGAAAAGGACCCUUUUCAUUAUGACUACCAGACCCUGAGAAUCGGAGGGUUGGUGUUUGCCGUGGUCCUCUUCUCGGUGGGGAUCCUGCUUAUCCUCAGUCGCCGAUGCAAGUGCAGUUUCAAUCAGAAGCCGCGGGCUCCUGGGGAUGAGGAGGCUCAGGUGGAGAACCUCGUCACUGCAAAUGCCACGGAGCCCCAGAAAGCAGAGAACUGAAGUGCAGCCCCCAGGCACAAAGAACCUGAAGGCAGCUGCUUGAACCUUUAGAUGCAAAUGCUGAUGCUUAAGAAAACCGGCCACUUCAGCAACAGGUCUUUCCCCAGGAGAAGCCAAGAACUUAUGUGUCCCCAGCCCCUCGACACCUGUCCUCAACUUAAUAAUGCAACCCUGCCUCCCCCACUUGGA